AUGAUACAUUUCCUAUUACUUUUCAGUCGGCAGGGAAAAGUACGACUACAAAAAUGGUACAGCUCGUAUACUGAAAAACAGAAAAGAAAAUAUUUAAGAGAGAUAAUAUCAUUAAUAUUUGCUCGGAAGCCGAAAAUGUGUUCUUUUCUUGAAUGGCAGGAUAUGAAAAUUGUUUACCGACGGUAUGCGAGUCUGUACUUCGCUUGCGCGAUCGAUUCGACCGAUAAUGAGCUGAUCACUCUAGAAAUAAUUCACCGCUAUGUAGAGAUCUUGGACAAAUAUUUCGGAAACGUGUGCGAGUUGGAUAUUAUCUUCCACUUUGAAAAAGCUUACUUCGUACUCGAUGAGUACCUUUUGGCAGGAGAGGUUCAAGAAACCGGAACUCGAGAGAUUUUGUCUGUUAUUGAUGCACAAGAUAUUAUACAAGAGGAUGAGGUUCCACAAAAGCUAUUCGAAGACCAGAGUCUCAACUGA